AUGGCGAACCUCUUCCUCAUUACUCUCAUAACUUUUAGCACUUUACUGGUGACCCCCAUGUAUUUCUUCUUAUGUAACUUGGCCUUCUUAGACAUCACCUACACGUCCGUCACUUCUCCAAAGUUGAUAUGUGCCUUCAUCAUGGCCUUUAGCACUAUGUCUCACUUGGAAUGUACCAUCCAGUAUACUUUCUUUGUUGCUUUUACUUCAGUUGAGUACUUCCUCCUCACAGUCAUGUCUUAUGACCGUUAUGUGGCAGUCUGUAGACCUUUACAUUAUCAUAUGGUUCUCAACAAGAGAUUUUGUAGACUAGCCUCCUUCAUCAUCUGGCUUGGUGGCUUCAUUUUCUCUAUACCUAUAUCUGUUACCACAUCUCGAAACGUCUAUUGCUCCUCCAAUGUCAUCAAUCACUUCUUUUGUGAUAUUGCUGUAUUGCUAGAACUUUCCUCCACCAACACAGCCUCUACCCAGAACAUCAUAUUGUUUGAAGGAGCCUUGUUCUUAACCACCUGCUUUUUGCCCACUGUGGUCUCUUACGUCUUUAUAAUUAAAACUGUUUCCAAGAUAAAGUCUUUGAGUGGGAAACAUAAGGCCUUCUCCACCUGUGCCUCUCAUCUUAUCACAGUCAUUCUGUUCUAUUCAGUGAUCUUCACGCUCUAUAUGAUGCCGAGAGCAUCACUUACACAGAAUCAACGCAAAUUAAUAAGUGUCCUUUUUUCCAUUGUCAUCCCCACCUUGAAUCCUCUGGUGUACAGCUUAAGGAACAAAGAUGUAAUGAGGGCCUUUAGGACGGUUAUAAGACAAUCAACAUUAGUUUAG